UCCCGCUGGCGGCGGCGGGAGCGCGGCUGCCCGCCCCGGCCCGACCCCGCGGGCACGGAGCACGGCGCAGCGCUGUGAGCAUGGUGACGCGACCCUGACCGCCUCUCCCCGGUGGGGACGUCUGGGGGUCGGUGGCGGCCCGUGCCCUAGCGGGCAGGGGCGCGGGAUGACCGGAGUGCUGGAGAGCCUGGUGCCGGACAUGCACGCCAGCCAGAUCUCCACCAGCAGCUACCACCAACACGGAGGCCUGCACAAGCCACAGGAGUCCCCCACGCUGCCCGUCUCCACGGCCACCGACAGCAGCUACUACAACAACCAGCAGCACGGGGCGGCGGGCGGGCCUCCGUACGGCUCAGUGGGCUCCUACCCCUACACAGGAGGCGGCACCGCCCCAUAUACCACCAAGGCCGCCUACGACCUGGGCUACGUGGGCACCUACGGUUCCUACGGGCCCUACGGAAGCAGGUCCUCUCCGGCCAACGACUCCGCAGAGAAGGAAGACUGCGAGCCGGAGAUCAGGAUCGUGAACGGAAAGCCGAAGAAAGUGAGGAAGCCAAGGACCAUCUAUUCCAGCUUCCAACUGGCAGCUCUUCAGCGACGCUUCCAGAAAACCCAGUACCUCGCCCUCCCCGAAAGAGCGGAGCUGGCGGCCUCACUCGGCCUCACCCAGACACAGGUGAAGAUCUGGUUUCAGAAUCGCCGCUCCAAGUUCAAGAAGAUGUGGAAAAGCGGCGAAAUCCCGGCAGAACCGCCCCCUCGCCGCAGCAUUUCGCCACCUCCUCCUGCCUCGCCUCCCGCCUGGGACUUCGCCGCGCAUCCGCGCACAGCGGGCGGCGCCGGCACCGCCAGCCCCAGCCCCGCCGCCGCCUUCCUCGGUAGCUACUCGUGGUACCCGCCAGCAGCCGCGUCGCUCCCGCAGCCAGCACAGCCACCUCAUCACCACGGCGGCAGUAUCUUCUAGACUCCGCAGAGACUUAAGCCCUCAAUGCCGAGCCCGGAAGCCCCGGAGCAUCGAGGUGCAGCACGGUUGUUUUGGUGAAGCCUAUCUCCGGUCGUCCCGGCGGAGAAGAACAGCUCCGCAUCCCAUCCUGCUGCACCGUCGGCGGCGAAUCCGCGGGGUCUGCGCUCCUGCUGCCAAAAUACUCACUGAGGGGCAAGCACCCACCUUCCUCUCCCUCCAUCCCUCUUCCUUCUCCCCGGCUUUUGCAUCAAACCGCCGGUACAGAACUCUGGUUAACUUUAUUUUUUAUUUUUUUAAAGUUGAUAGGUGCCUUUGCGGAUAACCUCACUUUGAUGUUGGGGAUUUAAAAAUAAAAUGUUAAAGAAAAAAAAAAAACACAAAAAAACCAACAAAACAAAACAAAGCCCCACCAACACAUAAUUUUUAUAUGUAGAUUUAAAACAAGAGCCUCUCGUGUUACCCUUUCUAAUCGUGAACAAAACAGUACGGUGAUGUGAGCCAGUCACAGGCGGCAGUGCCAGCGCGACUUUGUCUGUCGGGGGGGGGGGGGGGGGCUCCUGCUCAUACGGUGCCCCCAAGCGACUUUCGGGCUGGGUAUCGAGCCGCAGAGAGCUCCCCUCUUCGCUCCUUCUGCCAGCAACCCAGUCACUGGUCCUGCCACUUUGAUGUUUAGAGACGUGGGGGGGGAGGGGGGGAAGAAAACAGGGUAUUUUUUGUUAUUUAUUACGGGAAAAUUACACACUCUUUAAUGUUUCUUUUACAAUAAGCAGAGAUUAUUUAAAUAAAUUAUUGUUUCCACGGUGCCCGCCAUGCGUUUCUUUGCAUGGGGGAGGUUGUGGGUGUUGAUCCCGGACCCUUGUCUAUUGCAACUAUUGCCUUAGACUGGUGACUUUCCACUUCUAUUCCCAUCUCCUUCCCUUUCUACAAUCAAAUCUCGCCUCGCCAGCCUUCUCGACGAGGCCAUGAAUCACUAACCGCUACUUGCGGAACGCCAGAGCCGACCCUCCCGCCCUCUUCCGCGCCUACUGGC